AUGGCUUCUCCUCCAUCUGCUUGGAUCUCUAGACUAGAAGGUUAUCUCGAUAGACUUUCCGGCCAACAACAUUCCCCCUUUCUUCGGCCUCGCGACGACGACCCUUCCUCCUUCUCCUCCUCCUUCUUCUUCUUCUUCUCCUUUGCCGCCGAAGACGACAACACCAGCAUGGCCAAAUCCGACGUCUCCAUUUGGCCUUACGAACCGUCCUUCCCCCUCGCCGUCACGGGCGCGGCGCUCUACGGCGUCGUCGGCGCCUGGCUCACGUACCUGACGCUCGUCCGCCACCGCGCGUGGUACUUCUCCGUCAUCGUCGUCGGCGCCGUCAUCGAGGUGUCGGCAUACGUACUGAGGGCGUACUCGGCCAAGAAUCCGACGGAGAUUACCCCUUUCAUUCAGACGACGACCUACACGGUCCUCGCCCCCGUCCUCGUCGCGGCGGGCAAUUACCUCCUCAUCGGCCACCUCAUUCGCGCCAUCUUGCAGGCCGGCCACCACACCAUCUACCACGUGCCCGCGUGCCGCCUCACGCGCGUCUUCGUCGGUUGCGACGUCGUGGCAUUCUGCAUCCAGGGGACCGGGUCCGGCGUCGCGAGCGGUGGCGGCUGGGCGGGGCCGCUCGGGGAUGCGGGCGUCAAGGUGCUGAUCGCGGGGCUUGUCGUGCAGGUGUGCUGCUUCGGGGCGUACCUGUGCGUGCUGGCGAGGUUCCACGUGUUGGCGCGGAGGAUGGCGCGAGAGGACGCGCCAGCCGGGUGGAGGAGGGUUCUGGGGGCCGUUUACUGCAGCAGCGGGCUCAUCCUGCUGCGUUCGCUCUAUAGGGUCGUCGAGUUCGCCGAGGGGAUGGGCGGGUACGCGUUCCGCAGCGAGUGGUUGUUCUGGGUGUUUGAGGCGCUGCCAAUGUUGAUCGCCAUCGGGGUGUUUUGUUUCUGGCACCCGAGCGAGUAUCUCGGGAGGGACGGUGCGAAGGGGAGGUUUGCGAAGGGCGGCGAGGGGGUCCGGGAGGUGGAUGAGGGGGUAACCGAUCGGGAUACAGUCAUCGACCGUAGGGAGCCGAUUUGA